UGACUUCCGUUCAACAGCAGGAAGUCCCGCCCAAACACUGCGUAAGCAUAAAAUUGAUUUACCGAGACACUAAAAUAAUCCACAAUAAUAGAUUUAUAAUGCUUAACUGCCUGAAUGAUAUGUAAAAUAAAGUUUUUUUUAAAAAAAAGACGCACGUGGAAAGGUACGAGAAACAAUGCGCAUAAAAAGAUAAAUGUUAGUUCCACAACCGGAAGUCCCACUCCCAAAACUCAAGUCAGUGUUUGUCACUGCAGACAUACGCACACUUAGCAGAUGUUUAAGCGUUUAUAGCGUAAUUAUUACACACUAUUAAGUUUACCGGUAUCGUUAAGAAGAAGUGCUUAUGAAUACAUACAGUGAAGAAAUGGAUUCCAGAAUGCACCCGUUGAAACCGAAGGAAAGAAAGCGCCGAAAGAAAAAGAAGAAGGAAAAAGAGAACACCGAGACGGAUGGUCCACAGCAGUCCAACAAGGAGGAGAAUCUGGCGGUUGGCGCUAAAUUGCGAGACAGCGAGGGAGGCGGGACAGAAGUCGGAGCGGAAGUCGGAAUGGAAGCUGCAGCGGAAGUCGGAAUGGAAGUGGGCUCCCGUGGCGAAAGCGAUUCUCGCGAUGUUGAGGAACUUGAUUUGACAAGUUGUUUCAUGAGGAACGCUUCCCAAAUAGUUCAGCGUAAAUUGAAGCAGAAACCUAAGAAGGAGAACGGGAGUAAGAAGCCACUCAGCAAAGAACAACUUCCAAAGAAAUCCGAUAAGGAUGUCGGGAAGGAGGUGUCUGCAGGCAAACACGUGUUUCCCGAUAAUAUUAAAAUAAGCUACGCCCUCGCUGCUGGUGGGAAUAAGUGGGCUAACGCCGGACAUUUUGAGUUGGCGGUGGAUUAUUUUACCCAAGCCAUCCAGUAUAAUCCUACGGAUGUCAAAUUGUUCGUAAACCGCGCAUUCUGUUUGGAGAAGUUGCAGGAAUACGAGAAGGCCCUGGCCGACGCGGAGUUGUGCCUCGGCAUGCGCCCGGGUUGGAAUAAGGGACUUUUUCGCAAGGGACGAGCUUUAGCGGGUUUAAAGAGAUACCAGGAGUCAAUCCAGGCCUUCCAGGAGAUUCUGAAGCUGGACGGUUCUUGUGCUGAGGCCACCCAAGAAAUUAUGCGAACGCAGACCAUGCAGCUCAUGGCGUACGGAUUUACGUGGGAGCAGAGUUCAAAUGCCUUAAUUAUACACAGGACGGUGCAGAAAGCACACGAGGUGCUAUCCCGAUUAAACCCGCGUAUCGGACCGGCGGCUCCCGAAAUCCCGGCGAAGACCCGACCCCUCGUGACGUCCAGCCCCCAAACUCAAGAGGAUUAUCCUCUGGAACUAUUUCCGGUGUGGGUGGGCAACCUGACUCCGGCGGUAACGGAACAGCUGCUCUGCAACCUGUUCAGCAGGGUGGGUUCGCUUCACAGCGUCAAGCUCCUGGUGAACCGACGCUGCGCCUUCGUGAACUUUACGCGACAGGAGUCCUGCGGCGAAGCCAUCCGACUAUUUCACCGCUUUGCGCUGAUGGGCCAGUGGAUUGCUGUUAGAUAUCCCGACAGGAUCCCCACGGGCAGGGGCUUUUCCAAGGCAGCCCUCAAGGCAAGACCUCCACAAUGACAAUUCCCAGCAGAAUUCAAGCGGGAGUGGCUACAUGCGCCCCAACAGACAAAAGAAGAAAAGAAGGGCCUUUUUAUUUUAUUGUUUUAAAUAAACCCCACACCCUGUUUUAUAUUUUAAUUUUUUUUAAUUAAAUUGUGACUUUUCUUUCCCAUUUAAUUAAAGGACUACAAAAUGA